UGUAUAAAUCUCCAGAAUAUGAAUCCCUUGGAUUUGACUUAACAGUCGAACGGUUAGUUUCAAUUGGAUAUCCUCAAGAGCUGCUUAGUUUUGUCUAUGACCCUACAUUCCCUACCAGAGGCCUGGUAUUUGAUUCUCUUUAUGGAAACCUGUUAAAAGUUGAUGCCUAUGGAAACAUCCUAGUGUGUGCACAUGGCUUUAACUUUAUGAGAGGGCCAGAAAUACGAGAACAGUAUCCUAAUAAAUUCAUUCAGAGAGAUGAUACUGACAGGUUUUACAUUUUAAACACACUGUUCAACUUACCAGAGACAUAUCUGUUGGCUUGUCUGAUUGAUUUCUUUACUAAUUGUGACAGAUAUUCAAGCUGUGAAACAGGAUUUAAAGAUGGAGACCUUUUCAUGUCCUUCAGAAGUAUGUUCCAGGAUGUGAGAGAUGCAGUAGACUGGGUACAUUAUAAGGGCUCACUUAAGGAGAAGACAGUUGAAAAUCUACACAAGUAUGUGGUGAAAGAUGGAAAGCUUCCACUGCUGCUGAGUCGCAUGAAUGAGGUGGGAAAGGUGUUUCUUGCCACAAACAGUGAUUAUAAAUAUACUGAUAAAAUUAUGACAUAUCUGUUUGAUUUUCCACAUGGACCAAAGCCAGGUAUCUCCCAUCGACCAUGGCAGUCUUAUUUCGAUCUCAUCCUUGUGGAUGCACGCAAGCCUCUUUUUUUUGGAGAAGGCACAGUCUUGAGGCAGGUGGAUACAGUUACUGGCAAGUUGAAGAUUGGAACCUACACAGGUCCUUUGCAGCAUGGUAUAGUCUACUCUGGAGGCUCCUCCGACACAGUAUGCGAUCUUCUGGGAGCCAAAGGCAAAGACAUCUUAUAUAUAGGUGACCAUAUAUUUGGAGACAUUUUGAAGUCUAAAAAACGCCAAGGUUGGAGAACGUUUUUAGUGAUUCCAGAACUGGCACAGGAACUUCAUGUCUGGACAGACAAAAGCUGCCUUUUUGAAGAACUUCAAAGUCUAGACAUCUUUUUGGCUGAGCUAUACAAGCAUUUGGAUAGUAGCAGCAAUGAACGUCCCGAUAUCAGUUCCAUCCAGAGGCGUAUUAAGAAAGUGACUCAUGACAUGGAUAUGUGCUACGGAAUGAUGGGAAGUUUGUUCCGAAGUGGUUCCCGACAAACGCUCUUUGCUAGUCAAGUGAUGCGGUAUGCAGAUCUGUAUGCAGCAUCUUUCAUCAACCUCUUAUAUUAUCCCUUCAGUUACCUCUUCAGAGCUGCCCACGUGCUGAUGCCACACGAGUCAACAGUGGAGCACACCCAUGUGGAUAUCAAUGAGACUGAAUCCCCAAUGGCUACCCGUAAUCGCACUUCAGUGGACUUCAAAGAUUCUGACAAACGACAUCAGCUCACCAGAUCUCUUGUGACUGUGACCAUUAACAAGACUGCAAGUAACCAUUCAUGAACAACAAAGUCACAUCCUGACCAAAGAUUUUCGGAAGUCAAACAUUCCUUUGGAAGAAGCCUUCCAUUCUCCCUGGAACCUACUUUUAGAAAAUUACCAUCUUGUCCUCUUAUUAACAAAAGAUGAUGCAUGGAAUGUGAAGGACUCACUUAAAACAAAGAAAGGUCAACAGGAAAAACAUAUUUAUCUAACAGAAAUAAACUGCUUUUCAAUAAAAUUGCAAAAUAUACAAAUAAAUCAAGUUCAAAAUAAAUAGAAUAAGUUGUCAACACCACUGAGUAAUGGUACACUCCACUGGGAUUACAGAUUGAUUAUUAAAUGUGUACAUUUCACUUGUGCAUUUUCAAAAAUUAUAUAAACAUAGUAUGGAAUACUAUUAGGGGUAUUCCACUUAGAACGCAUAGCUACAAGGCAACAUUAACAACAAGCCUAGAAAAAGUAUAUUUUGGAGUGCAGUAAUAAAUUACGUGAGGAGCCUUUGAAUUCUUACCAAAAACGAAUCCAACGCUUGGAACUUUAUACUUUUGAUAUACUGUAUGAUAUCUAUAUAAAUCUGCAAUUCUGUGCAACAUUUAUGGGGAGAAAGCUAUUAUAACUGCAUUGGAAAGCUUUUCCUGAGAUGGAGUUAAACUUCAAUUUAUGACCUUAAGUGUAGCUACUGUAUUGUAGUUCAGAGGCCCCACAACCCAUGGGCUGGGGACUGGCACUGGUCCACGGCGCACCAGAAACUGAGCUGUGUAAACGAGCAAAGCCUCCAUCCAUGCCCGCACGAGAUGCAGGGAGAGUAUGAAACCAUGUCCCCUGUGGUCCACAGAAAAACCUCUCCAUAAAACUGGUCCCAGGGACCCAAAAAGUUGUAGCUCAUGAAGAAAUACAAAUAUUUUUGACAAAGAACAUUCUGUAGAGAUCCAGAUAAACCUCUGGAAAAAAACGAAGUAUGGAAUUAAGAGCUCUAAGCCUAUGCACGAAGUAUGGUAUUCUCCUUUAUUGUUAUCUUCUCCCUUACAAUACCAGUUUAACUCCUAAUCUUGAAAAUCGUAUUGUGAUUGUUCUUUCAUCAGCUCCUCCAAAUCCACAAACAGGUUAUUUAGAAAUACUACAGCCAGUUAAGAAAUGUAAAUACAGUGGUAGGAUCAAGCCAAGAGUAAUUACAGCUAAGAAAUAACAAUAACCAUAAAAUGUCAAUGUAUGAAACAGUACAAAUAAGUGGAAGAAAUGUACAUCAUAAAUAACAGAACAGUUCUUAGGAACCCCCUAUACAAUAUCUACUCUGUUUCAGUAACAAAUCCUACCCGCCUAUUGUGCCUUUAGUUGCAGCACCAUGUUAUUUAUAAUAGCAAAAAUGUGCUAUAGAUACCCAUCAAAAAGUGUACACAUUUCCCUUCUUCAUCCAUGAGCUAACCUAGAUGUAGAUUGUGCAACUAUGCACAAUUCUCUGACUUCUAAGCA